CCGGGCGGCAGCGGGGGCACUUCCGGGCGGCGGCGCUGGGGUCACUUCCGCGUGGCGGCGGGCACUUGCGGGCAGAGCUCCUAGCCUUGGCUGCAAGGAUGAGCGAGUUCCGCAUUCACCAUGAUGUCAAUGAGCUGCUCAGCCUGCUGCGAGUGCAUGGUGGGGAAGGAGCUGAAAUCUACAUUGAUCUUCUGCAGAAGAACAGAACCCCUUAUGUCACCACCACUGUCUCUGCACACAGCGCCAAGGUGAAAAUAGCAGAGUUCUCACGAACUCCAGAAGAGUUUUUAAAGAAGUAUGAUGAGCUGAAGUCUAAAAACACCAGACAUCUGGAUUCUUUAGUUUAUCUGCUGUCAAAACUUACAGAAGACAAAGAGACACUCCAGUAUUUGCAGCAAAAUGCUAAGGAAAGGGCAGAACUAGCAGCAAAUUCAGCAUCCAGUGGCAGCACAAAUUUUUCCAUCCCUACGUCUACUUCCAAGAUAUCUCCGCAGGAGCUUGAGGAGCUGCGUAAGCAGCUGGGCAGUGUUGCAGCCAGCUCCAGUGUGCUGCAGCCUCUUGAGCUCACACGAAAAAUCCUCCGUGAUAAACAGAAAAAGAGGAAUUCUGGCCAGCCCAUCCCAUUAUUUCCAUCCUGGGUUUAUGAGAGACCUGCACUGGUUGGUGAUUUCUUAACUGGCAUCAGUUUAAGUACUGACACAACGGUACCCAUAGGAACUUUGCCAUUGGCGUCCCAAGAAUCCAUGAUUGUGGAGGACUUGCUCUAUGUUCUGAUCGGUGUGGAUGGAAGAUACAUCACAGCACAGCCUCUCAUGGGCAGGCAGAGUCGAGCCUUUGCAGUCGAUCCAAACUUGGACUUGUCCAUUAAAGAGCUGGUGACUAGGAUUCUGCCUGUGGCAGCAAGUUACUCUGCUGUCACCAGGUUUAUAGAGGAGAAGUCUUCCUUUGAGUAUGGACAGGUAAAUCAUGCUCUGGCUGCAGCCAUGAGGACUCUGAUCAAGGAAUACAUGAUACUUAUUACCCAGCUGGAGCAUCUCCAGAGACAAGGACUUCUCUCACUGCAGAAACUGUGGUUUUAUAUCCAGCCCACAAUGAGGACCCUGGAGAUCCUUGCUUCACUUGCUACUUCUGUGGAUAAAGGGGAGUGCAUGGGAGGAUCAACCUUAAGCUUACUCCAUGACAAGACUUUCAAUUACACAGGGGACAGCCAGGCCCAAGAGCUGUGCCUGUACUUAACCAAGGCAGCCAGCGUGCCUUACUUUGAAAUUCUGGAGAAGUGGAUCUAUCGAGGCAUCAUCAAUGAUCCCUACAGUGAGUUCAUGGUGGAGGAACAUGAGCUGCAGAAGGAGAAGAUUCAGGAAGACUACAAUGACAAGUACUGGGAUCAAAGAUACACUGUUGUUCAGCAACAGAUUCCCUCAUUCUUGCAGAAAAUGGCUGACAAAAUCCUAAGCACAGGGAAGUACUUAAAUGUAGUGCGAGAAUGUGGUCGUGAUGUCACCUGCCCUGUAGCCAAGGAGGUCAUCUAUACUUUGAAAGAGAGAGCCUAUGUGGAACAAAUAGAAAAAGCUUAUAACUAUGCCAGCAAAGUCCUUUUGGAUUUCCUAAUGGAGGAGAAGGAGUUGGUGGCUCACCUGAGAUCUAUAAAACACUAUUUCCUCAUGGACCAAGGGGACUUCUUUGUUCACUUCAUGGAUCUUACAGAAGAGGAACUGAAGAAACCUGUAGAUGACAUCAUAACUACAAGACUGGAGGCUCUGCUUGAAUUAGCCUUGCGAAUGAGCACAGCCAACACAGACCCUUUCAAGGAUGAUCUAAAGAUCGACUUGAUGCCCCAUGACCUCAUAACACAACUCUUGAGGGUGCUGGCCAUAGAAACCAAACAGGAAAAGGCCAUUAUCAGUGCAGAUCCCACAGAGCUCUCUCUCAGCGGUCUGGAAGCAUUUUCCUUUGACUACAUUGUGAAGUGGCCUCUGUCCCUUAUUAUAAACAGGAAAGCACUGACAAGGUACCAGAUGCUUUUCAGACACAUGUUCUAUUGCAAGCAUGUGGAGAGGCAAUUAUGCAACGUUUGGAUCAGCAGUAAGACAGCCAAGCAAUUCUCCCUGCAUUCAGCUAAGUGGUUUGCUGGUGCUUUCACACUGCGGCAGCGGAUGCUGAAUUUCGUUCAGAAUAUCCAGUACUACAUGAUGUUUGAAGUGAUGGAGCCAACCUGGCACAUUCUGGAGAAGAACCUCAAGCUGGCAUCUAACAUCGAUGAUGUCCUCAGCCACCACACAAGCUUCCUGGAUAACUGCUUGAAGGACUGCAUGCUAACCAACCCAGAGCUGCUGAAGAUCUUCUCCAAGCUGAUGUCUGUCUGUGUCAUGUUCACAAACUGCAUGCAGAGGUUCACUCAGAGCAUGAAGCUGGACAAGGAGAUGGACCGGCUCACCUUGGAGCAUGGCACGAUGCUGGGCCCACCCACCGAGGAGGAGCGUGCUGAAGAGAUGGUGAAGAAGAAGCUGACUAACAAGCUUUUAGCAGAGCAUGCUGACAGCCUGCACCUGACAUCUGGCUUUGAAGCAACCAUCAACAAGUUUGACAGCAACUUCUCAACCCACCUGUUGGACUUAUUGGACAAGCUGAGUGUUUACAGCACCAAUGACUGCGAGCACAGCAUGCUCAACAUCAUCUACAGAUCGUCGCGGAGGGCGGGGGCUGCUCCCUCCGCCGCCGGUUUUGAAAUCGCGUCUCGAAACACAGAAGUGGCGGCCAGUGCCGUCGCUUUAUAUCUCAGGGCGUCAGGAUCAAGCCAUGACAGCAUCUCCGACCGGAAAAAAUGCAUCAGCCACUGCCGGGGUCGAGCAGUGCCGUCGGGACAAAAUUGGUGAAAGAGAAACCGCCGAGGCUCGAUAGGACCGUAGUUGGAGCUAUCGCUUCCCUCCCGCCGAGGUGCAUUCAGAGGCGUUUUUCUGACUCCACUAUCGCGCUUCUCACGCUACUGCAGGAGAGGGGAUUGGGGUGGACUUAAACUACCCGAAUAUGCUUUGGACUUGUGCAGGGUGAUUGCACAUGCACAGGUUCUGCGUGUGCAAUCACCAGCAUCCCCAGCCCUCCCAAGUAAUCGUCUGAUCACUGGGAGUCAGGCAAAACCAUAAGAAAGUAUUUCAGGGACUCUGGAAUAACUUGAAACCCUCAAACCAGUUAGGCAAAGCCUUAGCUUAUCUGGAGGCCCCUCAAAGUACCACACUGAGGUCUAAUAAAAAUCCAACUUCUUCCAGCUUAAA